ACCCUCUCCCCCUCAGUUCGAGAUGGCGGCGGCGGCAGCGGCGGCGGGGGACUCAGAUUCCUGGGACGCGGACACGUUCUCUGUGGAGGACCCGGUGCGGAAGGUCGCGGGCGGCGGCACGGCCGGCGGCGACCGCUGGGAAGGCGAGGACGAGGACGAGGACGUGAAGGAUAACUGGGAUGAUGAUGAUGAUGAAAAUAAAGAGGAAGCAGAAGUAAAACCAGAAGUAAAAAUUUCAGAAAAGAAAAAAAUAGCAGAAAAGAUAAAAGAGAAAGAACGGCAGCAGAAGAAAAGGCAAGAAGAGAUUAAGAAGAGGUUAGAAGAACCUGAAGAACCUAAAGUGCUAACACCUGAAGAGCAGUUAGCAGAUAAACUUCGGCUAAAGAAAUUACAGGAAGAGUCAGACCUUGAGUUAGCAAAAGAAACUUUUGGUGUUAAUAAUACAGUUUAUGGAAUAGAUGCUAUGAACCCAUCUUCAAGAGAUGACUUCACAGAGUUUGGAAAGUUACUAAAAGAUAAAAUUACACAAUAUGAAAAAUCACUAUAUUAUGCCAGUUUUUUGGAAGCCUUAGUUCGAGAUGUCUGUAUUUCAUUGGAAAUUGAUGACUUGAAAAAGAUUACCAACUCAUUGACUGUGCUUUGCAGUGAAAAACAGAAGCAAGAAAAGCAAAGUAAAGCCAAAAAGAAGAAGAAAGGCGUGGUUCCUGGAGGAGGAUUAAAGGCCACCAUGAAAAACGAUCUGGCAGAUUAUGGUGGAUAUGAUGGAGGAUAUGUACAAGACUAUGAAGACUUCAUGUGACAUUCUAUCUUCUCCUGGUGUCUUCUUUCUGUUGCCCACAAUCCCUUCAACAUGUAGCACAACCUCCUUUCCUUUCAGUUCUGCCAAAUGCUACAAUCAGACGUGCAGUAUCUUUCGUGCUGGUUAUUUAACCCCUUGACACUCAGGUGCUAAUGUGCAAAUGAGGGAACUUGGAUCUUGUUGCCAAGGGGUUAAAAUUGGGAACCUCAGUUGCUACUAAAUCAUAGUUGAAAACAAAACAAAACAAACCUAAUAAUGUUGUCAUUGUUGCUAUCUGAUUCCAUAGCAGCAGUCACUAAAUUGGAAACAAAGGUUGCAACAUGACAAAAAGAUUGUGUAGUAUUUACCAGCACCAUCCAGUAAUACAGCCUUAACCAUACCUCCUUGAACUACUUCAUAACUUGUCAAGAAAAGCAGUUUGCAGCAAGGGCAUGUGGGAUGCACCUAGUAUUAAAAUUGCUUUGUCUUAAAAUUGAGGUGAGGAUAUUAAAACAUGUUGUGAAGAAGACUGCUUAUCUCAGAGUGAAGAUACUGUGGCUGAAGAAGUACUAGUUUGAUACUUAAGAUUUUAAUGACCAAAACCCUCCAUCUUUGAAGCUGAAGAAGGUAACCCUCUCCAUUAUUACA